AAUCCAGGGUUCGAAGGGUUGGGAAUUGCAAAUCGUUGUCAAUGUGUCAAUGGUGGGGCUGUGUCAUACCCGUCUAUAAUGAUUUUUGGACAUUUGAAUAAGAAAAGUGGGUCGUCAAGCAAGCCACCUAGGGGCUCAUCAGCUAAUUGA